CUUACGACGGUGCACCAUAGCCUGUUGGGUUGGGGGUGUGUCACAGAGGAGGACUUUCUGCUGUUGUUGAUGCUGGAAAGUCUCCUCAGGUCCUGGGAAGCAGACUGCUGCUCUGCUGUUUUGCACCAUGAGUGAUCGGCCAUGGACCGCAUCACUUUCCACCAUGAUACUGUGCUGUCAGAUGUCCACAUGCUCCUGCCCAACGCACGCCACCUGAUGACACGCCUCAAUGGGGUCGGACAGCCCGUCUUCAUCUCGAGAUUCAGGAUCAUGCCAGAUGGUGAGAGGCAGGACAGGAAGGACCCAGGGAAACGUUUGAAGGAAGUGCAGGAACGCAAUAAAUCCAAUGAGGACGUGGACAAAGACACUAAAGUCGCACACGUUAAAGAUGAAGAGGAGGGCGGGGAAGGAAAUGAACCAUUUUUGGAUGAGGACGGAGACUUUGACAUCACACGCCGACCGAGGACAAACCCUAAUGAGGACCGAGAUGUGGUCUGUCCCGUCAUUCUCAAACAGUCCGACCCUGAACUGGAACAAGAAGAGGAGGAUGCAGAUGAUGAAGAUGAUAAGUCUCUCAGCAACAUUAUAAGGAUUGAGCACACUAUGGCCACAACCCUGGAGGACGUUGGCAAACAGCUGGUUUGGCGAGGGGCGCUCUUCUUGGCUGACUUCAUCCUCUCUAAGCCACUCUUGUUCAGAGGAGCUACAGUCCUGGAGCUGGGAGCGGGUACUGGCUUAACCAGUGUCAUCACAGCAACCGUAGCCAAAACAGUGUACUGCACAGAUGUGGGAGAAGACCUUCUAAGUAUGUGCAAGAGAAAUGUGACAUUAAACAGACACAUGAUUGAGCCUACAGGUGGUGAUGUGAGGGUGAGACUGUUGGAUUGGCUCCAGUAUGACUUGUGCACAGAUGCUGACAUGGAGUUCGGCUGGACUGAGGAGGAAGUGGCUAAUUUGUACGACAACACUAAGAUCAUCAUCGCUGCUGAUGUUUGCUAUGAUGACGAUCUGACAGAUGGGCUUUUCCGAACACUGUACCGACUCUGCAGCAACUUUCCUCACACCUGCUCCAUCUUCAUCUCCAUAGAGAAAAGGAUGAACUUCACCCUGCGACACUUGGAUGUUUCCUGCGACGCCUACAACCAUUUCCACCACUGUCUGUCCCAGCUGCAGGACCUGGAGGACGAACGCUGCAGCUUCAGAGUGGAACAGCUCCCCUCCAACUUUGCACAGUUUCUUCUGUAUGAGCGCAUAGAGCAGCUGGAGCUGUGGAAGAUCACUGCCACUCCACUUCCACCUGAGCAGAACCGCUCUGACUCUGAGCCGUCCUCAUCUUGACCUGGACUCAUGUCCCCUCAGUGUCAACAUUGCACUCUGCACACGGGUUUCUCUGCAAAGCUCUGGCUCACAGAUGAAGGUUUGAAAUGUGAAAUAUAAGAAGUCAAAGCAGCAUCACCUGCUCCAGCGUCAGUUCACCGAUAUUGAUGAAUUUAAGAUAGAAAGAGGGGAUCUGACAUAUGGAGUUUAUUAGGAUGUGUUUUAAAUGGGUCAUUGAUUCAUUGCGUGAAUAUAGCUUAAUUUAUUUUUUAACUUGAUUCAUGCAUUCUUAUAUGACCAACUGUUAAAGCUUUAUAAAAGAAAUGAAAGUUGUUUAGCUUUGCUAAAGAAAAGUCAACAGGAGGUGCAUUUCUCCAUGUUUGUUCAGUAUUUUUGAUUAAAAACAAGGUUAGAAGAAAGUUUUGUGCUCGUGAUUUGUAAUUCGGCUCCAUGCUAUUUAAAGCAUUUAAAUCUAUCUAUUUUGGUUGCAGCACAGAAUAUUGUAUUAAGGACACACUGGUUUUCAAAAAGAUGUAUUUGAACACGCUGACAAAUAAACCGAUUUAUUUUCA